AUGCUGGCGCGGUUUGCGCCGGAGUCGCUGACUGUGGCCGUGGUCAUGGACAGCAUGGACUGGUUUGAUCCUGGGGAGGCGGCGGUGGCGGCAGCGGUGCAGGUUGGACAGUUGCAUCGGCCCAACAAUAAGAAUGAAUUCUCCAUGUUGGUGAUCUGGCCCUGCAAGUAA